AGCAGUGCAGCGUUGGCUUUGUAUGAGUCCACUGAAGGCAGGUUAGAAUAGAUGCCAGAUCUUACCGGCUAACAGCUGCCGCUCAGAGCACCAGUCUUCGGGCUGAUAGCCAGUUCCCCCUUUCCCAAGUUUUGAUUUGGAUGCACUUUGCAAGGGAGAGCGAUCAGAUUGCGAAGGGAACGCUCCUCAUUCAGCACCAUCUACGGGGAACAGCUCCUUGUAAGCAUCUGUACUGCGAACCAUUUGCUCAGUCCCUCUGAUCAAAGGGUAGCAUCUAGAAGCUCCAGAUCGCAAUGGAGCUGUCCACCUUCCCCAGUGCUGAAGCCUACCCUGCCUACUUCUUCAACAGCACCUUGCAAGAUUUCAGCUCGAGUUCUCUCACUAUGUCCAAUGAUACAAGACCGUAUGCGGUGAAGAAGACCAGUUCGAUCAUCAUAGCUAUUGCUAUCACAGCCCUGUAUUCGGUGGUUUGCGUGGUGGGGCUGUUGGGGAAUAUCCUGGUAAUGUAUGGCAUUGUGAGGUACACCAAGAUGAAAACAGCCACCAACAUCUACAUCUUCAACCUGGCCCUGGCUGAUGCUUUGGCCACCAGCACGCUUCCUUUUCAAAGUGCGAAAUACCUUAUGUCCACCUGGCCGUUUGGGGAGCUGCUCUGCAAGGUGGUCCUCUCUAUUGAUUACUAUAACAUGUUCACCAGCAUCUUUACCCUCACCAUGAUGAGUGUGGACCGGUACAUAGCUGUCUGCCAUCCAGUCAAAGCCUUGGAUUUCCGGACCCCAGCUAAAGCUAAGAUCAUCAACGUUUGCAUCUGGGUGCUCUCUUCAGUUAUUGGGGUACCCAUCAUGAUCAUGGCUGUCACCAGAUCAAAAGAUGGCAUUGUGAUGUGCAUCCUCCGUUUUCCUGAGCCUCAAAUUUACUGGGACACGGUCACCAAGAUAUGUGUCUUCAUCUUCGCGUUCUUGGUUCCAAUCUUGGUCAUCACUGUCUGCUAUGGGCUCAUGAUUCUCCGUCUGAAAAGUGUCCGCCUCCUCUCAGGCUCUAAGGAGAAGGACCGCAACCUGCGCCGGAUCACACGUAUGGUCCUAGUGGUAGUCGCUGCCUUCAUUAUCUGUUGGACACCCAUCCAAAUCUUUGUCAUCGUUUGGACACUGGUAAGCAUCGAUAAGAACAAUCCCUACGUGGAAGCCAGUCUGCAUUUCUGCAUUGCCCUCGGUUAUACCAACAGCAGUCUCAACCCUGUCCUCUACGCUUUCUUGGACGAAAAUUUCAAGCGAUGCUUUCGGGAAUUCUGCCUUCCCUUCCGGUCAAGAAUGGAACAGAACAGUUUCAGCCGGGCCCGGAACACCACCCGGGAACGUGUCUCCACCUGCACCCCUUCUGAAGUUCUCAAUAAGUCAGGAUGACUAGACGUGGAGAGCCACAAAAGGGGCUUCCGGGGACACAGAGGGGAAGAACUGCAAUCAGAAGUGACUCAGGUCACCACCACAGAAUUUUAGCAAAAAUUGUAGGGAUGAGCCACUGUGGAGAAAAGGGCAAAACUCGGACAUUUUAGACUUUUCAGCAAAACUGCAAAUGCUUUUUUGCCCCAUAGACCCAUGAGCCUAUGUGCAAGAGACUGCCCAGCUUACAAACCGAGAGACAUUUGUGACUUUCUGAGAAUGAAAAUGUGAAAUUGCUGAAAUGGUUUCUGGAAAACUGACAUCUCAUUAAAUGUCUUUUACUUGAUUAGAUCUAAUGGACUGGAGACUUUACAUUAUUUUUCAUAGAUUUCUUACACGGAAUUACUGGAUUGUCGCUUAAACUUCAAGACCUGCUCUGUUGCACCUUCCAUUCAUUCAUUGCUAGUUGUUUGGAUAAUAUAAUAAUUUUAAGAAAAUGAUGAGGCCUAAAAGUAUGCAUUUGAAGUACAACAACAUUUUUUUUUUAAAAAAGUGAACUUUCCAACACGUACAUGAUCGUUCAGUCGUUCAUCCUAAGGACAAAAUGGUAAUAUUUCAUUCCAAAUCUGGAAUUACUGAUUCUCUUCUGCUCUAAGAAAAGCAACAAGCUGCAGUCUAGCAAGAGGAACCUAGGCCUUUUACCAGUAAAUGAUUAAUCAAACCAUUAAUUCCAGUCCUGGUCAGCAGCAAGUUGGGAUGCCACCAUCCAGUGGGGCUUGGGAAUCCCACGGAAUUAUAGAUCAUCUCCAGACUGGAGAGAUCAGUUCCCCUUAAAAAAAUGAAUGCUUUGGAUGGUGGACUCUGAGGUACUGUUCUCAGCUGAGGCUCCUGUCCUCCAAGAGUUUCCCAGACUGGAUCUGGCAGCCCUAGCUUCCCAUUCCAUGCCGGUGGCCGGGGGGUGGGGGGGAUCUUUCAACCCUAACAGCAGGACUGGGAUUUAGUGACUUUUUAGGCCUCACCGAGCUGUUACUGACAUUUCAUAGUUCUGUGGGAAGAAGGGGUGAAAUGGACCACUGGCCUGCUCCUAUGAGGCCAGAACUAGCUGUGAGAAGAGGACCCAGGAAGCUGCAACCUCUAAAAUGGAGGGAUGGACACCAUCAGAAGAAUCUCAUGUAUGGCUUAUAUUCUGGUUCUUUUCCAUCACCAUAACAAGACCUCAGCUUUUCUUGUGCCACUUUGCCAAAGCAGCCAAUGAUCCACAACGUCAAAUCAGGAUUCUCCCACAGCACAGAACUGUAACUGAACUGUUUUCCUUCCUUCCUGUUAUUUUUUUUUAAAGGAAGGAAGCUCUAGUUUCUUUUGCGUUUUCUUUACUAGUCUGUUAUUGAAUGCCAAGCAGCCCAGCUACAACCUUCUUGGUACAUCUGCCCAAGGAAUCUAGCAUCAGCUUUCCUUCAUUGUACAUAUGAACACUUGAAUAGUGCCCACGUAUCACUCAGGUGGCAGUUCCUGUCCGAACAGGCUCGGAGCAUUGGCGGCGUAGCCCCACGCAUCGCUUUGGUGUGUCUGGUUUCCAGCAGCUUUUUGCAUUGCUAUUUCUUAUUGCCCUACCUCCAGCAAAUUACAAGUCGUAUGACCCCCCCUCCCUUCCCUUCCCAUUGCUUUGGGGUAUGUUAUUUAGAACAGAGUGAUUAAUGGCAAAAGACAGCUCUGCACAAGGAGCCACUAAUUGUUUUAAUAUUUCAGUGACUGGUUCAAUAAAAAAAAAUAAACGAAUGGAAACUUCCUUGUUA